UCAAUGUUGAGCAUUGACUUGUCUUGUUUUCUCUCGUCUCUAUUGUUGUUCUAUUAAUUUUCCCCUUUUUUUUAAUACUUCCCUUUUUCCUUUUAGAGUUAUCACAAUGGCUGACGGAUUGAACGACACCCGUGCUAUGAGGGUGGCCGAAAUCAUGAAUGAAUUCCGCGUCCUGCAAUUGCGCAUUGCACAAAUCAAAGUUUAUCCUACGGCAGCGGAAUACCAAGAGGAAGGCUAUGUGAUCCUCAGACAAUGCAGCUCGGAAGGGCAAUCGCUUCUCUCCGCUCCUUUCAGUGCUGCCGCUGGAUCAGGAUCGGGCGGCAGCGGAGAGCAAGAGAAAGCGCAAUUGAGACGGAUUAUUGUCGAUGCAAGUGCACGUCGAUUCAAGGCCCAGAAAAUCUACCUUCGCGCCACGGCAGCCAUGCGCUGGAUCAAUUCUAGAAAUGCCGUUCUUCAGGGACAAAAGCCGCAUGCCGGACACGCAGCUUCCCUGCGGGCAAUUGACGCUACUCUGAGAGCUGAGCUGAAUGGCAUAUCCGACGAGCGAGUCUUGACAGAUAUUCGUUCAGCUGACCAUCAGAAUGGCCGGUGGAUCCAGGAAGAUCCUCCGCUUCAGUCCAUCCUUGCUUGGCUACGAAAUCUCCGCUAAUGUCGAUAACACGCCUAUUGUCAUGGAUCUGCGACCCAUUGCAAUACCAUAGAAGGAGAAUUCACGUUCAGCAUUACAUGCCGCUGUUGAUACGAUACUUGUACGGCUAUAUCAUCCUUUAUAACGCCCUCUAACUCCCGAGGACCGGUUCCCCACCCUCGCCCCUAGAACAUCGUCACAUUCUAAAAAGCUCCGCGUCGUCGUUCUCGGGUGAUACUUUCAUCUUCUUGAUUGGCCGUUUUAUAUUCUUCGUCAUUGAGCUGUGCUCGCGUUUGGAAAAAGUGUUUCUGAGCUCUUACCUUGUUCCCUGGAGGUUCAAGGCUUGACAUCGUCACACCGCUGGAAACGGGCUGGAGGGACAUUGUCUAUCAUAUAUGCAAUUACGGCCGAUUUCGCAAUUUCGUUUGCUCGUUUGUUUUCUUGGGGGAUUCUUUAUUCCCAAUGUACAAGUCU